UAGUGUCCAGCAGAGAAAGGAAAGUGUCCACAACUGUUUCUGUCCUGAAACAGCCUUUUCCCCUAUUUGUUCUGGACCCUUCCAGCAAGGGCUGCAACGUGGUCCAGCAAUGCCAAAGAAUGCACUGGUGACUCUCAGAUAUGGGGCCUACAGGAGCUGCAGCGUUGUUGAACAUAGGACCUUCCGUCUGCAGGGCUUACAAGCUGUGCUGAAAGCUGAUGGACACCAUGUAAUCCUUGAAGAAAUACCGGAUUGGAAUGAAGUGCAGCUCAUAGUAAAUGGAGAGACUGUGUUUCAGUGCAACAUUAAUGAUCUGGAUUUUGGAGGCGAUGGCCUGUUGGACCCACUUUGCCAAGAAGCUAGACAUGCAGUGUUAAACGCUUACUGAGUAAGAGGCCCAGUGUGUGCUCUUGACAGCAAAUCUCACAUCAAAUAUAUAAGACUCUUUCCUUGCAUCGUCCAUUACGUUGUUAACCCUGUCUUUCAAAAGGGUUGAGUCCUCUUAUUUCACCACCAAUCUGGCUAAAAGCAUCCAGGUGGAAGAGGCAGUUUAACUGGCACAGAGAUUUAACCUCAGGGCUGGUAUUGGCUUG